AUGUCUUCUGAAAAGGCGAACGAUCUCCAAGUCGAGGAGGCUGGGUCUGACAGGCCGACCAGUCCAGUUGGCCCAAAGGCCUACCCUUCGAGGAUCGCCAAUCCUGCACCCGCAGGUAUAUUCUCAUUUGCGUCAACGACCUUCAUGCUUUCGAUGUACAACGUCAACGUCCGCGGCGUGCACGAACCCAAUGUUGUCGUCGGCAUGGCCAUCUUUACUGGCGGGCUCCUCCAAUUCAUGGCAGGUAUGUGGGAGUUCCCUCGAGGAAAUGUUUUUGGAGCCACAGCCUUUUCCUCUUAUGGCUGCUUCUGGAUGUCCUACGCCACAAUCUUCAUUCCUGCUUCUGGCAUCCUCGCUGCGUACGACAACGACCCUCAAGGGCUUAGAAAUGCGCUCGGAAUUUAUCUCGUUACUUGGUUCAUGGUCACUUUCCUCUUCGCCUUGGUCUGUAUUCGCAAGAACAACUCCUUCGUCAUCCUCCUCUCCGUGCUUACUAUCGCAUUUAUUCUGUUGGCUUCUGCAGAGUUUACCGGGAAGGCAGUGUUGACUAAGGCCGGAGGGGUAUUCGGGAUUAUAACAGCGCUUAUCGCGUACUACAUCGGCUUCAGUGAGAUGUUAUCGGCGGAGAGGCGGCCGAUCGGGAGGCUACCGAUAGGUGCUUGGGACUCGUAA